UUCACGGCCAACUCUAACGUACACCCUUCCCAUGACUGACAGCACACGUAUUAUGUCGAAGAAAGCUAACGAAAUGCUCCCGGCCGAGGCCGAGCAUGUAUCUGAUGAGAGCGCUGCCCCUGCGGCGGAUACUGUGCGAGGCUGGCUCGUUGUCGCUGGCUCAUUUGUAUAUAUGAUGAUGUCCAUCGGCUGCGUCAAUUCCUAUGGUGUAUAUCUGCAGGUCUACAAGAUCAGCGAGUUCCCCAACUCGUCCUCAGCGACUCUGGCGUGGAUUGGAACAAUGCAAUAUGCGAUAAUGUGUAUUCUCGGAGUCGGGGCUGGAGUCUUGAUCGAAAGAUUCGAUACGCGCUGGGUCGGUGCAGUAGGAACUGUCAUUUCUGGAGCUGGGCUACUUGCUGCCUCUGCAUGCACCACCCCCGAGCAGCUAGUUGCUACGCAAGGUGUUAUGUUUGGAAUUGGCGGUUCAGGGUUGCUAGUUGCCGGAAUGAGCCUACCUUCGCAGUGGAUGGAUAGAUACAGGCCACUUGCAGCUGGUGUCGCAGUGGCCGGUAGUUCUAUCGGUGGGCUAUGGAUGUCAUUUGCCACCAGGGCCAUGGUCAACCAUCUUGGCCGGCAGUGGGCACUGAGAAUCACUGGGUUGCUUGUUUUCGGGGCAUGUGGGGCUGCCACGCCGCUGAUGAGGCGUCGGGUUGAUGUGCCGCGCCGUGACAAGAUCAUUGACUAUACUGUGCUGCGUGAGUUCAAGUUUGUGACGCUGUUUCUGUUUGGGAUGGCCGGAUGUGCUGGCUAUUUCCUGCCGUACUCGUACAUGCCCUCAUAUUCAGUCAUUGUCCUCCGCGAGGCAUCGUCCUGGGGAGCAAGCAUUUCUGCAUUUUUGAAUGUUGGCAGCUUCUUUGGUAGAGUUCUAACCGGGAUUCUUGCGCAGUACAUUGGGUCGAUGAACGCCCUGUUGCUGAACACGUUCCUCUCGGUGUUCAGUAUCCUUGUCCUAUGGCUACCAUUCAAGAACCUAGCUGUCCUGGUUGUCGCCGCGCUGAUAUUUGGCUUCAGCAGUGGCAGCUUUGUCUCGCUUGUGCCUGUGGUGACUGCCACCUUAUUCGGCAUCAAGCGUCUGCCAAGCAUCUUGGGAAUCCUGUUCAUUUCAUUCUGCUUCGGUACGCUGAUUGGGUCACCAGUAGGCGGGAGGCUACUGGAUAUUUAUGGCCACGGAACAGAUUUCUCCCCGCUCGUCAUCUACGCUGGAGUCGUUUAUGCAGCUGGCCUUGUGUUGUUCCUCAUACUCCGUAUAUCAGUUUCCAGGAAUAUCUUUGAGGCUGUCUAACCAUAUAUUUUUUUAUUUAGCAAGCAAGAUUUCCUGUUUGCAAACUAACGUUGUCGCUCUGUGCAUCGUUGAUAUCAAUAGACUCGUGGUCGAAGCUU